UCAGAUUUUAAGAAGAUACAUUGUAGAGAUUGCUGGGUGUAACACUUUGUUGCUGUUCUAACUAGUUACGACCCUGACACGGGACGUUUUAUCCGGGUAGAAGAAAAGCAGUUGACUAUAGUUUUUAUUUUAUUAUAUUUUAAAACAGCUUGCUAACUUAGCUAUACACGUCGAUGUCUUCGAAUUCAAGUGUACAAUACAAGGGGAAAAGAAUGUCUCUUGUGGAGGAGCGAGAGAAGGCAACCCUCAGGCAGUGUGUGCAGGCGCGCUCUCAGCUGGAGGAGGCCAUCGGUGGGGUGACGAGGGCUGAGGCCCAGCUCAAGGACAACUCCAGAGAGGUGAAGUCCCAGCUUCACACCUGUAUCAGCAGACACCUGGAGUUUAUGCGUUCCCGUGAGGUGUGGCUGCUGGAGCAGAUUGACCUUGUGGAGCAGCUAAAGGGAGAGGCUCUGCAGACGCAGCUGCAUCAGCUUCACUGUCUCCGGGGCCAGUUUGACAUUCUCAUUCAUCAGCUAGAGAACUCCAACAGCAACAAUCUGGCCAACCAGCUCACCAGCUGCUUGGAAAAGUUAUCUUCCCUGAACUUGACUCCUGAGGAAACCCCUGAGAUGAGCUUCCAGGCUGACACUCGUUCCCUGCGUCAGGCCAUCACCUCCUUUGGAACCAUUGCCACCCAGCACAUGGAAGUAGGACCCGUGCUGAAUAUUGUUCCUCAAAAAUCGAAUACUAGUGAGCAAUCUUGGCUUCAGCAGAGCUGUCCAAUCGCAGCUAAGAAACAGAGUGCGACGUCUGUACCUCUUUCCGACUGGCUCCUUGGAAACCGUCCAGUUAUUACUACCCCAGUUGAAUACCAGCCAAGCAAGAACCCACAGGAUUGGUUGAUCCCCCGCAGCGAUAUUCAGUCAUCCUGCCCUAAGGCCCCCUUUGACUUCCACAAGUCCUGGGGCCACCUGAUGGACCUGGAGCUGUGGCUGCUGAAGGAGGAGACUCCCAUCAGAGAGAGAACCAACAGUAUCUGUAGCACCAGCAGCAGCUCAACCUUCUCCAUCGAGAAGAUUGAUGAGUCUGAGUUAGACAUGGCUCUUGAGGAGGAAGAGAGGGCAGAGAUGGAGAAACUGAGUGACUGGCUCAUCACCCCAGCUACUGUUGCCAAGGAGACCACCAGCGAGAGCUGCCAGGCCUCUGAUGUUGACAGGUGGAAGAAGGUCUUCAAGCCUUUCCAGGAGGGCUUCAACACCAGCGAUUGGCUGCUCAAAUCAGACUACGGCUCUUGCUGUGACAAGUCUGUGGAGAUUGAGAACCUGGGCAAAAUCUUGUGCCUGAAAACCACCCCCACCUCUGCCAACACACCCCAGACCCCCAACAUACCCCAGGUCUUCAAGCCUUUCCAGGAGGGCUUCAACACCAGCGAUUGGCUGCUCAAAUCAGACUGCGGCUCUUGCUGUGACAAGUCUGUGGAGAUUGAGAACCUGGGCAAAAUCUUGUGCCUGAAAACCACCCCCACCUCUGCCAACACACCCCAGACCCCCAACAUACCCCAGGUCUUCAAGCCUUUCCAAGAGGGCUUCAACACCAGCAAUUGGCUGCUCAAAUCAGACUGCGGCUCUUGCUGUGACAAGUCUGUGGAGAUUGAGAACCUGGGCAAAAUCUUGUGCCUGAAAACCACCCCCACCUCUGCUGUCACCACACCCCAGACACCCAGCCCUGUAGACAACUGGCUGCAGCAGGCCAUUCCAGUCCAGCAGUCCUGCAAAGCCAACGAGUCCUGCGCCAGCUUCUCCCAGUGUGUGUGUGAUGAGAACUGCGGCAAAGAGGCCCUCUCCACCUGGCUCCUCAAGAAGGAGGGUCGGGACAAGAACGGGGUCUCGGUGGACAAAAACAACCCCAGCAAGCAGUCCACCCUCUACCACCAAGAGCAAGAACAGAAGGUUCAGGGCAUCUUUGAGGCCUGGCUUUACCCUAGCAAGCCUGGCAAGACCAUAGGCCCCACAUCCCAAGCCUUAUCCCUCUCAGCCUGGGUGUCUCAACCAGCCUCCCAGGGGGAGGAGAAGGCCAGCAGGGUGGAACACAGCUCCCAGUUCAAAGCCCCCAAGUGGGAGAACCCCUUCAGCAUACCACUGCAUCCAGAGUGCUGGGUCUUACCUGAGAAGACUCACAGUAGCACUGCUGUCACAAAGGAGCAACCCAGCACAGAACCAGAGGAGGACAAGUGGCUUCUACGCAAGCGAGCCAAUGCUCAGGAGCGACUUGCCCCUCCCACAGUAUGUGAUCUAUUUUCCUGUAUGAAAAUCGGUGGAGACCAAGAGAAGUGGCUACACCAGGCACCUAUACAAAUGUAAAAGCUGUAACCAGUAGCUUUUUGAGGAGAUUUUUAGGAUUCUAUUGUGGAGCCACUUUAAUGCUGAUCGUCGCGCACAAUGUCUUGAUUAACUUUUUCCUCCAAUGCUCGUCUGGGUCUCUUCCCCCUUUUUUGAAUUUGUCUUCUAUAAUCAUAGCGUUCUCAAUGUCAAGCUAGCAAGAUGGGCACUUGGAUCUAAAGCUAACUAACAAUGUGAUUUUUGAUAAUCUAAUCUCGAGAAAGUACCAGCUCAAUACAUUAAUGUUUGGUUUGAAGGAGGUGAGAUUUUUAUUUUAAGAAACCCUUUUUAUGGAAUGCGGUAAAGAGUUGUCACGCAUACAUCACUAGUGCUGUUCACAGAAUUCCAUCAGUCUGUGACUAUGCACUGUGGGUAUAUCUAGUCGCCCCCCCCCAUACUCAAAUAAGACUAUCAGGUAAUUUAAGCUACACUUUGAUUUCUAUUUCCUAGUAUAUGUUUUCUUCCGAUCUGGUGAAAUCUUAUUGUCUUAAACACCAGUAUAGCUUUCUCUUCAAUGGCUUCAAAAUAGUCAUCUGAAUUACAAGCUUAACCUAAAGGUGUUCUCCAUGACCAAUACAUCUUCCUUUAUCGCACUACCAUAACUCUGUAGUUCUGGUUUAUGUGCCUCAAGUUUGCUUCAUUGUAUUUAGUGGAUACGUUGUGAGAAGUGUUUGUUUUCCUGUCCGGUAUCACCUGUGUUGAUUGUAUCACUGCCGUGCAAGAGUUGAUUGUUUUCAUGUUGCAAAUAUGGAAGCUGAAAAUGUUUUGCCCAAUAUAGUAAUUCAAUUCCAUUUAAAUGACUUUCGAUUGGCUGAAUCAAACGACUACUGCGUAAUUACGGUAGAACCGAUCAAAAAUAACACCUUGUAUUGAUAACCACUGAUAUGUCUUUCUGCAUAUUACCUCUGUAGAUGUCUCUCCAUAGUGGGUAAACCCAAAGGUAUUUGUACAAGGCUCUGGAAGUGCAAUGGGGAGUUGGGUAGGAGAGGAGAAACACAAUGGUGCUUGAUGAAUGCUUCUAAUGGUUUUUUUUUUCCCCUGUUAAUUUUUAACAUAUUACCAUGAAGUACUAUCCAUAUGAUCGCUUAUCUAACUUUCUCUGUUGUACCUGUACCAUAUUUAACUCUUAAUAAAAACAACACCUUGA